AGUUUAGAGGAGCGCUGCCAGCGGAUCCUGCAGGAUAUGGAGGGGUCUUUGACAGCUCGGGACCGGGUGGGCAUUCAAGACUUUGUUCUCCUGGACGCCUACACCAGUGAGACAGCAUUUAUGGACAACCUCAGAAAACGGUUUAAUGAGAACCUCAUAUAUACCUACAUUGGGACCCUCCUGGUGUCAGUUAAUCCAUAUAAGGAGUUGGGUAUCUAUACCAAGAAACAAAUGGACAUUUAUAUGGGGGUCAACUUUUUUGAGCUGCCUCCUCAUAUCUUUGCUCUUGCUGACAAUGUUUACCGGACAAUGAUUAGUGAAACCAACAACCACUUCAUCCUCAUUUCUGGUGAAAGUGGUGCUGGCAAGACGGAGGCCUCUAAGACAGUCCUGCAGUUUUAUGCAGUGUGCUGUCCCAGCACUAGACUCUUGGACAAUGUGAGAGAUCGGCUCCUUCUUUCCAAUCCAGUGCUGGAGGCUUUUGGAAAUGCCAAAACCCUGAAAAAUGACAACUCGAGUCGAUUUGGAAAGUACAUGGACAUACAGUUUGACCAUCAGGGAGCAGCAGUUGGUGGCCACAUCUUAAGCUACUUACUGGAGAAGUCAAGGGUGGUCCACCAAAAUCGUGGAGAAAGGAACUUCCACAUCUUCUAUCAGUUAGUUGAGGGAGGGGAGGAUGAGCUUCUCCGCUGGCUUGGCUUGGAGCGAAACUGUCAGAAAUAUCGAUAUCUUAUUCAGGGAGAAUGUGCCAAAGUGAGCUCCAUCAAUGACAAGAGUGACUGGAAAACCGUACAGAAAGCUCUUACUAUCAUUGAGUUUAGUGAAAAGGAUAUAGAGGUAAGACGCUCUCAGAUUGAUUGGAGUUAG